AUGGUUUACUUUCCUAUCUACACGUUAGAUGCUGUAAAGAAGCAAGAGCGUCAGCUUCCUUUGCUAACAGAUUUCUAUGAAAAUUAUGAUGAGUCUAAUCCGAUGACCGGGAUUGUCAGUCAGGAUAUUGCCUGGCUAUCUGGAGAGAUCAAUUACCAUGGGGUACAAUGUCAACGCCUCGUAUGGUUCAUGAAGUGGAAAUCCAAGGAGGCGGAAGAGCUCUACAAGACGACCGUACGAUGGGUGGCGGGGCAUGAGGGAAAAUCCAGCAAAGUACAACUGACAAUAAAUAUCUUCAUAGAUGACUUGAAGAGCAUUGCAAUGGUCGGGUAUGAGACAUGGCACGCUCACUUUGAGGAUCUCCGUGACGUGCUAGGUAUCCGUGUCUUCAACCACCCUGCUUUACGCGGAACCGGUUUGGGUGCGCUGAAAGACACGAAUGAACUUGGCAAUAGGUGA